AAAUUUUGUUGAAACCGCCAACUAACUUUCUUCCAUGCCUCGUCAAUUGAGCCUCCCUUUCUGCUUCUUCUCAUUCAGUAAAAUCUUCUCUUCUCUUCCAGAUUCUUUCAUUUAAACUCGCCGCCUCACAAAUCUCACUGUUAAUCACCUACCAAUAGCUUCCUCUUUUGUGUGUAUAUAUAAAUAUACAUACAUUCAUACAUACAUACAUAUACAUCAACAGCUCUUCUUCUUCUUGAGUCUCCAUUGUGCUAUAACCAUGGAGGCCAUCACCAAGCACGCUCAAGGGCGCACUCCGUUGCUCAAUGCACCGCCGCGCACGGUGAGGACUCGCCGGCGACGGUUGAGCUUCGUGGUCGCAAUCUUGUGCUUAAUCAUUGUGGUGGCGUGUGUGGUCGCAUUGGCGAGAAACCAGAGGAGGGAGGAGGCAAGAUUGACAGAGAAGAAGGAAGGAGAAGAAGAGGAAACUACGACGUCGUUUCGGGAGGUUCGGAUUCCGAGAGGAGUGUCUGAAGGAGUAUCGGCGAAGUCGAAUCCGUCGUGUUGGUUAGUUUCAGAAAACAAGCUUUCGUAUAAUUGGACGAAUGCAAUGUUCUCCUGGCAACGAACUGCUUAUCAUUUUCAGCCCAAAAAUUGGAUGAACGAUCCUGAUGGUCCACUGUAUCACAUGGGAUGGUACCAUCUAUUCUAUCAAUACAAUCCUGAUUCAGCAGUGUGGGGCAACAUCACGUGGGGUCAUGCUGUAUCAAGGGACCUCAUUCAUUGGCUCUACCUUCCCAUUGCCAUGGUUCCUGAUAGACCAUUUGAUAUCAACGGUGUAUGGACCGGGUCGGCCACAUUGUUGCCAGAUGGCAAAAUCGUAAUCCUCUACACAGGUGAUACCGAUAAAAAAGUACAAGUACAAAAUCUAGCUUACCCCGCCAACCUAUCUGAUCCCCUUCUCCUUGAUUGGGUCAAGUAUGCCCAUAACCCGGUUUUGGUGCCCCCAACCACUGUUGCCCCGAGAGAUUUUCGUGACCCGUCCACUGCAUGGAUCGGACCAGAUGGAAGAUGGCGGGUUACCAUUGGGUCAAAAAUGAAAAAGACAGGCUUUUCAUUUGUUUAUACUACCACAGAUUUCAUCCACUUUGAGAAAAACGUUCACCACUUGCAUUCGGUCCCAGGUACGGGCAUGUGGGAGUGCGUGGAUUUUUAUCCGGUUUCGGUAAACGGGUCAAAAGGUUUGCCCACAUCAGUAAAUGGGCCAGGAGUUAAGCACGUGUUAAAGGCUAGUAUAGAUGAUACUACAAUAGAUCAUUAUGCACUUGGGACUUACUUCAUUGAGAAUGAUACAUGGAUACCCGAUAACCCGAAAGAGGAUGUGGGUAUCGGGUUAAGAGUAGACUAUGGAAGAUACUACGCAUCGAAGUCCUUUUAUGAUCCAGUCAAAGAGAGACGUGUCCUCUGGGGUUGGAUUAAUGAAACGGACACUGAGAAUGAUGACUUGAAAAAGGGUUGGGCAUCUGUUCAGACUAUUCCAAGGGAAGUGACAUUUGACAAGAAAACUGAGACUAAUAUUCUUCAAUGGCCAGUAGAAGAGAUAGAGAGCUUAAGGCUAAGAAGUUCUGAAUUUGAAAGCAUAGUCCUCAAGCCUGGCUCCGUUUUGCCCUUGAACAUAGGUUCAGCGACACAGUUGGACAUAUUUGCUGAAUUUGAAAUUGAAUCGUUGGGAUCUCAAGAGAUUGCCGAAGACAGUGUAGGUUGUGGGCAUGGAGCUAGUGAUAGAAGUGCAUUGGGACCAUUUGGCCUUCUGACUAUAGCUGAUGAUACACUUUCUGAGUUAACGCCCAUUUAUUUCCGUCCCUCUAAUACAAGCCAUCAAAAUUCAACAAGUUAUUUCUGUGCUGAUGAAACCAGGUCAUCUAAGGCUCCUGAUGUUAUAAAGACAGUUUAUGGGACCGAAGUUCCAGUGUUCAGUGAUGAGAAACUGUCAAUGAGAGCAUUGGUUGACCAUUCAAUCAUUGAGAGCUUUGCUCAAGGAGGGAGAAGAGUGAUCACAUCUAGGGUUUAUCCAACAGAAGCCAUAUAUGGAGCAGCAAUGUUUCUAUUCAACAAUGCAACAGCCAUCAACAUCAAGGCCUCCCUCAAGAUUUGGCAAUUGAACUCUGCUUUCAUACGCCCUUUUCCCUUUGAUCAGAGUCAAUGAAAGGUUUAGAGUACGUUUGCAUAUUAUAUUAAUAUUUGUAUCUUAUGGUAAUAUCUAUUGUUGCCAUGGGAAAAAUAAAAUAAAUGUGAUAAUCUUGUGGUGCAUGGCUAAAUCUUUAAUAUAUUUGAUUAAUUUUCAACCA